CCCCAAUCGAAGCUACUCCAAGAGUUGCCGUUGAGGACUAGUAAUCCGAGAGUCAUAUGUAUCCAAUGAAUAUGAACAUUGACAAAAUGACGAGUGUUCUAAAAAAUGCUUUUCUGUCUUUCAGGCCCCGACAUGUGACCUCCCAUUUUUAACUCUAAAGGGGUUAACGUUCUAUGGAUGGGAAGGCAAGUGAUAAAAUGAUGACAUGAUGAUUCGGUUGGGCGGCUCUCAUCCAUAGGGCUAAACGCAGGCAUUUAUAUCAAGUGGCAAUAAAUAUAGUUCAAUAUAUUAAUGUGCAUCAUUCUUUGUUCUUCGCUAUUAACGAAAUAACCUACGUACGUGACACAAAUCAUAAUGGAAGCAAAACGGGAUAAAGAAACCCACUCGCAGACUCUCUCCGAGGAUGAGAAACGCCGCCUCCGCCUUUAUGAUAGGCUGCCUCAUGGAGGGCUGCUCAGACGGCAGUCUAGAGAACGGAGGUACUUUGAUUCGGGUGAUUUGGCUCUCUCUACAGCCGAUAGAGUGACUGAUGAAGGUGCAAUUCAAACUGGCACAGCCCAUCCUAUACGUGAUAGCAUUUCUCAUCCUUAUGCCCCGGUUCCCAACACCAGUAAUGCCAACAAAGAUGCGAACAAGGGCUUUAGUGGCAAGAAAUCCCAAAUUCCGGAAAUGAUAGAUAGUCCUCUGCACCAACCAAUCGACAAUGCGAAUAGGAUGCAGAAACCAGAAGGAACAGUUUAGGAUGGAUGCUUUUUUGACGUUUGUUUCGGUUUAAGUUCAAUUCAGAAGAACCUUAUGUGAUGCUCAUGUCAGGUUUGGUAGAAAGAGAUCACAAGCUUAGUUACGGCAAUUUAGUGGGGUAUACCACUAUUGUCGUUUCUGCUGGGGUAUUACUUUUACCCAGAUA